AUGAAAGUCCAAAUAAUUUUGCUAUUCUUUAUUGCUUAUUUAGCUUCUGAAAGCUAUGCAAAACAAUGCAAAAUUUCUUGCAAGGGUAAAAAUGUGCAUGAAAUUGGGGGUAGCGGUAGCGGCUGUUAUGGAACUGAUCCUUCUGAUCCCUUUCAUUCUUGCGAAGCCAGCACUCCCGGUACUUCGUACGAAUUUUUCGACGAUUUUGGCUGUAAGGGAAGUGUGGUUCGUUCUGGCCAAGAUUAUGUCGUAUUUAGGCCCCCUCCCGUUAAAGCUAAAUCGGCCAAAUUAAGCUGCCCAUAA